AUGCCCUCUUACACCCCAUACGUGGCGCACACGAAGCGGGUGACUGCUCGAUUGCGCGCACGCAUGCACAACCAGUCGUUUGGAAAUGCCCUCCUAGCCUCCGCAGCAGUGGAGAGGUCUGAUUUGUCAAAAGUAGCGGACAUGCGCCUGGGUGAAUUGGUGGCACUUCGCGCAGACCACCAGCGCACGUUUGACCCGCUCUUCAAGCAGAAAGCGUUGAACCUCCUCCAGACCUUACCACUCAAGGCUGCGGCGGAGGAUCCACAUUUUUCCUACACCAUGGGCGCGUUACGUGUGUGCGGGUACUUCAGCGCAGCGCAGUCCCCGGCAACCUUCAACUUGCUCAACCACGCCACACGACACACCUUUCUUCUCGAUGCGUUCAGCAUCUAUCAGCUUUUCCUCUCACUGGAAGAUAUGCGUCAUCCUCAGACGGCGGAAAUACUGUCAAUUGUGCUACCCCGCGUGACGGAGGUGGCGACUGACUGCACUGAAGGAGAGGCGCGCCUGAUACUCGAUGUUUACUUCAAACACAAGCUGCUUACCGUGGAGCUCAGCGAGAGGCUUGUAGGUGUGAUCAUAGGCUCGGUGAACGACUUGAGGGGGAGGGAUUUGAUCAGCGCUGUGGCAGUGGUGCCGAGCAUGGGCACUGAAAAGGUCGCGCGACGCUUUCUGGAGGCGGCGACACCGCGCCUUUGCCGCACCCUUCGAGAGACCACAGAGCACGUGCAGCUUUACAGAGUGACUUACCUGCAGCCCGCUGACGGAGGCGACGCCUCCUCGGCCGCAGCGCGGGUGAUGCCGAGACAAGACACCGACGAUGAGCUGCCGCCGAAUCCCGAUCGAGAGACCCCGACAGAGAAGACACUUCGACGCAGAAAGGAAGAGAGCUGGCGUGCGUUUCUGAUCACUCAAAUCUAUGAUGGGCUCAACUUGCAUCGCGAGCUGCAGAAGAGCAUAGCGUGGCUGUGCUGGGCACCGCGCCCGCUCCUGAAUGAAUUGGUGCGGUGCGCGCUUCUUUGGAGUGAGCCAGUCCUCGACGGCUCACAAGGACAGUCUCUUGUAGUUCUCAAAGGCGAGUCAACUGAUGUGACUGCCUCCUCCUGCGCGGUGGCUGCAGGCGGUGAGCUGGCGACAGGUGCGGAGGAGCGAGAAAAGUAUGCCCGCGACCUGCCGCAGUUGCGCCGUCGCAGCCUCUGCCACUGUCUGAAAAUGCUUCACUUCACGUCUUACAGGCACCUUCCUGCCCUCCGCCUCCUCUCUGCGCGAAUCGCCGCAACGAAGGAUGUCAUGGGCAUCGCAUCCCCCCUGGUACUGGCUCGUGAGCUGUCACAAGCUGUAGAGGCUAUCGCUUUUUUCUAUGCGACAGACUGUGCCCCAGCCGUAACGGUAAUCAUCGAUGACAUUCUUGAGCACAUCGAGUCUUCCAUGAACGCACCGGCGCUACUAAAUCGCUUUCGUGCCCUCUCCAUCGAAGAGGUGAAGCUGGCUGAACGGGUGGUGCUGCGCGUGCUGCUCAGCUGUGCACGGUUGCUCUCCACGCACAUCGCGGAGAAGGCGGAGAAAAGCACACUGGAGACAGCACCUGCACAGGAAGAGGCGAUGCGCGCCAUCCUGACCCAAGCCACAACGCUUGCUAUGUCACCCAUCACCCGGGCCUACUUAGCGAUGGGGCUGAGGCUCAUUCACGUUCGUGAGGUGCAGCGAGAGGGAGAUACAAUUCAAGUGCAGAAUUUUGUUGGCACCAUGCAUGUAUUCUAUGCGACCACCGUCAUUCUGACCGUGGCUGCGCAGGCAGGCGCAGCACCGGCAGCGUUGGACAUGGCCGCGCACGACAUCCUGCGCGCAAACCUUAGGCAGCUCUUGCCGUGGGCACAGACGAUGUCAUCCAUGCGGGUGGGCGAGAUGCCGGAGGAGGCAGCGGUGGAGAUGGCGAAGGCGCUGGUCCUGCUUAAGAAGUAUCCAGAGAUUAUGGACACCCCGACCGGGACUAUGACGCAGGGAGGAGGCAAAAAAGAAGAGCUUUGA